AUGGGUGAACGUGGGGGUAGUGAUUCUUCACAUGACAACCAUUGCUUAUUCUUAUACACGUACAAUACCAUGAUAGACACGUAUGGAAAAUCAGGUCAACUCAAAGAAGCAUCCGACAUCUUCUCGGAGAUGCUGAGCAAGGGGAUUGUGCCUACAACCGUGACUUUCAACACCAUGAUUCACAUCUGUGGUAACAAUGGCCAUCUCGAUGAAGUCAAAUCCCUCAUCCAAAAAAUGCAGGAGCUUCGGUGUCCAGCAGACACUAGAACGUACAACAUUCUGAUCUCUAUCCAUGCUAAGCACGAUGAUAUAGAGAUGGCAGCUCAAUACUUCAGGAAGGUGAAAGAGGAACAGCUAGAGCCAGACCUAGCGAGUUAUCGCACUCUCUUGUAUGCAUUCUCCAUAAGGCACAUGGUUUGCGAAGCCGAGGAUCUAGUAUCAUAA